UUCACUUCACUCGAAACCCGAAAUGUGGGAGAACUUUCGUCGAUGUAGCGGGUGAUUUGACGGCGUUUUACGCCGUGAAAGGCAAAAGUGAAGUGAACUUCAAAAUACGAAAAUGGAACUCACCCCCAGUGCCAUGGAAGAGGACUGGGAAGACAAGCCCCAGUUAACUCGCCAGUCCUCGUUAGUGGAUGAAGGAAUGAAGGGCAGGGCUGACCCAUUGCUCAGCCAGGAGCCUGCUAGCGUGCUGCCUUCCUACGCCAGCCUCAUGGACACGGAUGUGGGCCAUGACUUCUCAGAGGACAAGCUGAUGAAGUCAGGCAACCUGUACAGCCUCUACCUGCUGACCUCCGACUCUGGCAGUCCACAGCUCCAGACAAAUGAGGCCCUGACAGAUACACCAUCCUCGGUGGCCAGCAAGGACAAGAAAGACACCAACAGCGGCGACACAGAUGAGGAGAUAGAUGUGGAGACGGAUGGGGUGAAAGACCCUACACCAGAGAAGGCUGUAGAGAACGGUCACUACGACGCACUGUUUGAGGGCAUGCCUUUCACUGAACUGAAGGGCAAGGAAGUUGGACCUUGCUCCUACUGCAACCUGUGGCGCACCAUUCGCUUCAUGUCCUACUGUGGCCGGUUCCCCUUCUGCAGUGUGUACUGCACCAAGAAAUUUGCUGUUUACAAACGAGAGAGAGGGGAGCUUUCGGAAAAGACACCAGAGGACAUCAAGGCCAUCAACAAACUCAAGGUUCCCACGCUGUUUGAGAACCAGAAGGCGCGGCUGCUGUUCCCCUCCUCCCAGAUGGUGGACAGUGACAGCAAGCGAUCCCAUGUGUGCACCAACGGGUCGGUAGAUGGCACCGAGAGCAUCAAGCAGUUUGACUGGCCUUCGUAUCUGGAGAGUCUAAAUGCAGAGGCUGCCCCAGUGAAAUGCUUCCAUCAUGCUCCCCUUGCCAAGGAGUGGAAGGCCAACCUGAUUGGCGCUCUCGUUGAGGUGCAGAAUCGGGAACCCGAGGACACCAAAGACUGCUUCUGGAUUGCCAGAAUCAUCAAAGUAGCAGGGUAUAAAGCCAAGUUGAGAUUUGAGGGUUAUGGUAUGGACAGUGCCCAUGAUUUCUGGAUUCAUCUAUGCAAAGCAGAGUGCUAUCCAGUCAACGGUUCUGAGAAGGUGGGCAAGCAGUUGAAACCUCCUAAAGAAGUCUCGGAUAAGCUGGGCAGUAACUGGCGAGAGCAUACCACCAGGGUGGCUCACUCUGGGAGUCCAACAUUCAGCAUUGACAAGCACAAGCUGGAGGAGAGCCUGACCUCCCCAUUCAAGAAGGACACCCAACUGGAGGUGGUCUACAAGCGGCAGGUGUCCAGCACCUGCGUGGCCACCAUCAAGAAGGUGGUGGCGGACCGCAUCUACGUGCAAUACGAGAACUGCAAGGACACUAGCAAAGACUUCUGGUUCCACCAGACCUCCCCUCUCAUCCACCCAGUGGGCUGGUCCCAGCGGGUCCACCACCCUCUGGUUGCCACUGCAGCAUACAAGGCUGAAGCGCUGGACAAGGGACGGAAAAGGAAAAGUGGUCCCCGUGAUGUACCCUGGGAAAUCUUCCAUUUGCCUAAGCCCAUUCCCGAGGAGCAGAACUUCUGCGUGGGCAUGAAGCUGGAGGCCAUCGACCCGCUCAAGCUGGGCAGCAUCUGUGUGGCCACGGUGGUGCAGACGCUGGGCGACGGCUACCUAAUGAUCGCCAUCGACGGCUGCCUGCACGACGUGGCCAGCUGGUUCUGCUACCACGCCACCUCCUCCUCCCUCCUGCCCAUCGGGUUCUGCGAGUACCACCAGAUCGAACUGGUCCCUCCCAGAGGGUACGAAGGCAAGUUUGACUGGGAUGACUACCUCAAAGCAACCAACUCAAUAGCUGCACCGGUGGAGCUCUUCCACCAGAAGAAGAUUGAUCCGCCAUUCCGCGUGGGUCAGAAGGUGGAGGCGGUGGACCUGAUUGAGUCCGGCUUCAUCUGCGCCGCCUCCAUCCUGAAGAUCGCAGGCCCACUGCUCCGGGUGCGCUUCGACGGCUGGGACCACAGCUACGACCAGUGGCUGAACUGCGAGUCGCCCGACAUCUACCCAGUGGGCUGGUGCGAGAUGGUGGGCUACCCGCUGCAGCCUCCCAGGGUCCACGACCCCACAAAUCACAUUCUUCCAACGCCAGUUUUGAAGAACGGCAAGAAACACAAAUCUACCUCAUCACUGCAUUCUCAUGAAAAGCGAAAACGGUCAUUGAGUGGCUCGGCAGGCUAUCUUGACAAAAGUGAAUCCAUCUCAAACAUGGUGGACGCAAUCUACUCAUUCUCUGAUACUGAAGAUCACGUCCCAUCCAAGCUGCAAAAGGUUUCCAAGAAGGACAAAUCUGAUAAGCAGACUAAGAAGGACCGAAAGGCUUCCUCCUCCAAGGACAAGAAGUCCAAAACCAAAAGCCACUCCAAGUCAAAACACAAAGAUGAUCCCAAGAACAACCUGCAAAUGCUGCUUUCACAGUCAGCACCCAAUCUGAGCAGCUCGAAGUCCUCUUCUUCUGUUAAGAAGACAGGCGAUUCAGUGACAGGUAGCAGCAGCUUUGAUGGAACUUCUUUGCUGGAGAGUCCUCUCGGCAUGAGGCUUCUCCCCGAUUCGCCUCUCUCCUCCAGCCUGGACUCCUUCACCUCUCUGACCAAUGGAGGAGGCCCUGCCACAAGUCUGAGCUCCAUUGCCAGUCUGCCUCUGGAUCCGCUGGGGAUGUCGCCGCCAGCCAGCACGUCGGACUCAAGCUUCCAGUCUGCCCUGGCCAAAGUCAGCUCUGGGCCCAUAAUCAGCCUCUCAGAAGUAACACUCACGAAAAGUGAUGCAAAAGUCGGAAAUGAAAGGGUUUCCCUGACUCUGUCGUCAGCCUCUUCGGGUCAGUCACAAAGAGAAGCAUUCAAGUUGUCAGAGAAAUUCCCCUUUCUGAGCUCCAAGCCCAGUGGCUCAAAGCAUAAAAGUAAGAAGGCCAAGAAGUCCAAGAAGAUGCGUGAUAAAGAGAAGAGUAAGAAGGAGAAGAAAAGCAAAAAGAAGGACAAAGAGAAGAAAAGAAAAUGCCACACCGCAGAGAAGAACUCUGCAGACAAGAAGUCCCCCUCCGAGGGGAAGACUAGUAAAUUGGCUGAACUCCUGAGUCUUCCAGGGCAAAUCUCCUUCCCUGAGAGCAAGCAUCUGAUCAACGGGUUUCUCAGUGCAACCAGCGAUGUGACACCCUCUACACCCUCCAAACCCAAGAGGGUUGAGCUGCCAGAUCAUGAUCCUUUUGCUUUUGAAACUGAGGAGGAGAUUCAAGAGAGGUUGUCACUCGUAAAGAACACAACACCAGCGUCUUCAUCCACAGAUCAAAGUGGUGAAGCGUGCCUGAACAAUGCCCAGACGGAGCGAACAGUGAAGAAGGCGGCCACAGUGAACAAACUUUAUGCCAACAAACCAAACCUUGUGCCAGUGCCAAGUACUAACCAGCCAACUCCAGGUGCUGAUGCCUCAUCUCAGGAAUGUAUUGACAGCGCUUCACCCGGCAGGAAUUUUGCCUUAGCUCAGUCCACCAAACAGGAAGACUUUGUUAGGCCGCCUGGCCACCCUCCUACACAAAUCUUACAAGGGGGUUCCCCAAUGUUAGCUUUCCCAAGGCAUCAGAAUCCUCCAAUUCCGAGUCCCACGAAUAUCCCGAAGUCAGUGGCGCAGCCUUCGCCUGUGCCAGCCUCUCAGUUAAUGGAGCUACGCAAGCAUCCUCUCAACGUCCACCAGCAGAAUGCACAGCAGCUCUUGAGAACUCUCCAGUUUCAGAAUCCUAACUUGUAUCGUCGAUUCCUCCACCUGAAUGCUUCCUCAGCACCCUUCGUCCCAAGCCGCAGCAGCUUGCCAACAUCCCCAAGAAGAGAUCCUCAACGUGUAGACCCUGCAGUACCAACAGUGCCAGGGCCCAACGUGAGGAGAAGCCCACAGACAGUGCCUCAUUUGAUAAACCCUCAGGGAAUAUCUCCAGUGCAAAGCCCAGAGGAUAUGAUAAUGCUGCAGCAUGCAGUGCCUCCAACCAGGCUGUGUCAGGUAAUCACUUAUCCAAAAAGCUAAAAGCUGAACAACUUUCAAGGCUUCACUUCCAAGAUGCGAUCUCUGCAUUGCCAAGAGGCAGCGUGAAGGAGAAUCCCAUCAAGAAGAUAAUUGACAGUGCUCAACACUCGGGACAUAACUUGCCAUCACUAAAAGAACAAAGUCCAACAGCUUCAGUGACAGCAACAACAAAGUCCAAGACCAGCCGGGUCGAGCCAGUUUUACCCAGGCAGGGACCUGAUGCAGGGAUUGGCCCAAUAAACCCACCAGCAUUGGUCAGUCCCUGUGCCAUGCCAAGCCCUCAUGCUGCUUCCAGUCCACAGAUGGUGUCGAGUCCCUGCACGGCCUCUAGCCCGAAGAUAAUACACAGCCCUCAAA